CGACCCGGGAGUCGUUGUGGGCCGCGGGCCGGAUCGGGUCCCCGGGCGGCGGGAGCCCGGGCCCAGCGGAAGGGCUUGGCGUGCCGUUGGCGGGCCGCUGCGGCUGUCGGGUCCCCUCGGCUGCUGGACUUGCGCACCCCGACACCCGGAGCUUCGGGCGCAGCGCCCACCCCGCUCCAGCUCGCGUCUCCCGACUCCAAUUAGGUCAGGCUGGAAGUCCUGCGGCCGCGGCUCCGGCCCCCAACGCGCGGCGGCCACCCGGCUCGCCUUUCUUUCUUCCCUCGCCUUCCUCUCGUCUUGCCCUCCCCCCCUUCCUUUCACGUUGCUGGGGUUUUGUUUUUUGUUUUAUGCUUUAGAGGUUUUGUUGUUCCUCAGCCCGAGCUCAUGGGUGUACGUUAUCAUGCUCCUCUUUUGUAGAGCAACCCGACGGCCAUGGAGGCCGAAGAGACGAUGGAAUGCCUUCAGGAGUUUCCUGAACAUCAUAAAAUGAUCUUGGACCGAUUGAAUGAACAGCGAGAGCAGGACCGGUUUACUGACAUCACCCUGAUUGUCGACGGACACCAUUUUAAGGCUCACAAGGCUGUUUUGGCUGCUUGCAGUAAGUUCUUCUACAAAUUCUUUCAGGAGUUUACUCAGGAACCUUUGGUGGAGAUAGAAGGUGUUAGUAAAAUGGCCUUUCGUCAUUUGAUUGAGUUCACCUAUACAGCAAAAUUAAUGAUACAAGGAGAAGAAGAAGCCAAUGAUGUAUGGAAAGCAGCAGAGUUUCUACAAAUGCUAGAAGCCAUUAAAGCCCUUGAAGUCAGGAACAAAGAAAAUUCAGCUCCACUGGAGGAAAAAACUACAGGAAAAAGUGAGGCAAAAAAGAGAAAGAUUGCAGAAACUUCAAAUGUUAUCACUGAGUCAUUGCCUUCUGCCGAAUCAGAACCUGUUGAAAUUGAGGUGGAAAUCGCUGAAGGCACGAUUGAAGUGGAAGAUGAAGGCAUCGAAACGAUAGAGGAGGUAUCUUCGACCAAGCAGUCCAUAAAGUACAUUCAGACCACAGGUUCCUCUGAUGAUUCUGCUUUAGCACUGUUGGCGGAUAUUACCAGCAAGUACCGUCAAGGUGAUAGAAAAGGGCAGAUUAAAGAAGAAGAUGGCUGUGCACCUGACCCCACAAGCAAACAGGAACACAUGAAAUCACACUCCACUGAGAGUUUCAAGUGUGAAAUAUGCAAUAAAAGGUAUCUUCGGGAGAGCGCAUGGAAACAGCACCUCAAUUGUUACCACCUUGAGGAAGGUGCAGUCAGUAAGAAGCAAAGAACUGGGAAAAAAAUUCACGUAUGUCAGUACUGCGAGAAACAGUUUGAUCACUUUGGACAUUUUAAAGAGCAUCUUCGAAAACAUACAGGUGAAAAACCUUUUGAAUGUCCAAAUUGUCAUGAACGAUUUGCUAGAAAUAGCACACUUAAAUGUCACCUGACUGCUUGCCAAACUGGAGUGGGGGCAAAAAAGGGAAGAAAGAAGCUUUAUGAAUGUCAGGUCUGUAAUAGUGUGUUCAACAGCUGGGACCAGUUCAAAGAUCACUUGGUAAUACACACCGGAGAUAAACCCAACCAUUGUACUUUAUGUGACUUGUGGUUUAUGCAAGGAAACGAACUAAGGAGGCAUCUCAGUGAUACUCACAAUAUUUCAGAGCGUCUGGUAACUGAAGAAGUUCUUUCAGUAGAAACACGUGUGCAAACUGAACCUGUGACAUCAAUGACUAUUAUAGAACAAGUUGGGAAGGUGCAUGUGCUACCACUGCUUCAGGUUCAAGUAGAUUCGGCACAAGUGACUGUGGAACAAGUCCAUCCAGAUUUGCUCCAGGACAGCCAAGUGCACGAUUCACAUAUUAGUGAGCUUCCAGAGCAGGUCCAGGUGAGUUAUCUAGAAGUGGGCCGAAUUCAGACUGAAGAAGGUACUGAAGUACAUGUAGAGGAGCUGCAUGUUGAACGGGUAAAUCAGAUGCCAAUGGAAGUACAAACUGAGCUUCUAGAAGCAGACUUGGAUCAAGUGACCCCUGAACUCGUGAACGAGGAGAGUAAGCCCAGCCAAGCAGAUACUGUUGAGGCUGCCAGGGAAGAUCACGAAGAUGCUGAGGGAUUAGAGACCAAACCAACAGUGGAUUCCCAAGCUGAAAAUGCAGGGGAUGAGGACAGAACAGCUAUGCCAGUUUUAGAGUGAAAAUAACAAAUGAAUAUAUUUUUUAAUUUACGUGCUGGGUUUUUGAACUGAUUAUGGGCAGUGUGACUGUCCUUAAGCUAACAGACAAGUGGACCAAAGUUAAACAAUUUCUUAGUGUGCUGAACUGUUUCUUUGAAACAAACUGAUUUCCCCACACUUAAUGCCACAGAGGAGGAAUCUUUUCCAUAUAAGAAUGGGAAGCUUUGAGAAGUAUAUUUCUGGAAACGUAGAUGGAUUAUAUUCUUAUUAUAUAAGUUGGGUACGAAUGUAUCUGUUGUCAUUGUGCUAAGGCUUUGCCCUUUUCUCUCCCCCAGGUCACGUCCUUCCUCAAAAUUUUUCCAUAUUGUAAAAUCAAAUUGUAAAAUCAUUAGAAUACAAAUUCAUGUAUUCUAAUGCAUGUUAGAAAAUUGGAUAUAUAGGAAACACAAGGCUGCAUGAAGAAAAGUGCAUUGUUACUGUGCAGUUAAAUUUUGGCUUCUGGCUUUCUUGGAGUUUGAACAACAUUCCUGUCUACCCUGAUAGUCAGAGAUGCCAUCUCUGCAACAGGAAUAGAGUGGUGGUGGCAAAAUUUCUAGAAUGUUUAAAAAAAAAAAACAACAACCCACACCCAUGUGCCUUUUCAAAACCAACGAAACUUCUAUAAAGCAUCUCUGGUUUUUUCAAAGUUCGGUUGGUCAGAAGCAAUGUAGAAGAUGCUAUAGUACUUUAUAUUUUUGCUUAUAAAUGUCAACCACCAGUGUUUUUUUUUCACUUAAGUUAGGUUGAGAAAUUUUAUUUAAUGGCAGCUGAAGGGCCAUUUUCAAUUGGAAAAAUUCAUUUACAUCUGUGGUAAACUUUAUUUUGUUGAAAAGUUGCACUAGUAUUUUACCACCAGAUGAAAAAAAAAAAAAAAAAGAUGAGCAUCAUUUAAAAAUUAAUGUAUUUAAAAUAAAGUACAG